AUGUGAAAGUGAAGACAGUCUGGAUGUUGAGAACACACUUUGGGCAAACUGUGUUGUUGCGUCGGGUUCAGCUUUGGGUGUGGUCGUGUAUACUGGCUGUGAGACGAGAAGUGUAAUGAACAAUUCACAGCCACGCAGUAAAGUGGGACUGCUCGACAUGGAAAUUAACCAACUGACAAAGGUUUUAUUUGGUGCUGUUCUGGGACUGGCUAUGGUUAUGAUGUGUCUCAAAGGAUUUAGUGGUCCAUGGUACAGAUACAUGUUUCGAUUUGUGCUGCUGUUCUCAUAUAUUAUACCUAUCAGCUUACGGGUGAACCUGGAUAUGGGGAAAGGAUUUUACUCAUGGUCUAUUCAGCGUGAUAAAGAAAUAACUGGAACUGUUGUGCGUUCUACAACAAUUCCUGAAGAAUUGGGCCGCAUUUCAUAUCUUUUAAGUGAUAAAACAGGCACUUUGACACAAAAUGAAAUGGUUUUUAAGAAACUACAUCUUGGGACUGUCUCAUAUGGAACAGAAACAUUUGAUGAGGUUACUUCACAUUUAAGGACAGCGUAUGCUCAGCUCGCCAAACAGUCAAGUUUGGAUGGUGGAGGGGGAAGUACCAUUCCAUCUCCUUUCCAUGUGUUUCCGGCGUCAUCUAGCGGUGGAUCCAAAGUUCGACGAUCCGAGGUAACACGUGUUCAGGAGGCUGUGAAGGCAGUUGCAUUAUGUCACAAUGUAACUCCAGUAUAUGAAGAAUCCAGUGGCCAAGAGAGUAGAACAGAAGGUGGUGACUGUGAUGAAAGCCCUGGUUCAGUAGAAAGUCAAACAGAAGCUGAUCAACAUUAUUGGCAGCCUAAAAAGGAAACGUGUGUUUACCAAGCAUCCAGUCCAGAUGAAGUGGCUUUGGUAAAGUGGACAGAGGAAGUUGGUUUAGCUCUAGUGAGGCGAGAUCUGUCCAGUAUGCACCUACGAACACCAGCUGGGAUGACUCACUCGUACACCAUCAUGCAAGUCUUUCCAUUCACUUCAGAGACCAAACGUAUGGGUAUCAUACUAAAGGAAGAACACACGGGUGAAAUUGUUUUCUACCUUAAGGGAGCUGAUGUAGUCAUGUCUGGUAUUGUUCAGUACAAUGAUUGGUUGGAAGAAGAGUGUGGUAACAUGGCAAGAGAAGGCCUCAGAACUCUUGUUGUUGCAAAGAAGACCCUAACUGAAGAGCAGUAUAUGGAUUUUGAGACACGAUAUAAUGCUGCAAGGAUGUCUGUAUCAGACCGUGUUGCACGUGUUGCUGCCGUCGUUGAGAGUUUAGAGCGAGAAAUGGAGCUCUUAUGUGUGACAGGAGUGGAAGAUAGAUUACAGGACAGAGUACGUCCCACCUUGGAAUUACUACGCAAUGCUGGGAUCAAGAUUUGGAUGUUGACAGGUGAUAAACUUGAGACAGCAACUUGCAUCGCCAAGAGCUCUCGCUUAGUGUCAAGGACACAAGGUCUUCAUGUGUUCAAAUGUGUAGUUACUCGUACUGAUGCCCAUCUGGAACUGAAUACAUUCCGUAAGAAACAGGAUUGUGCGCUUGUUAUUAGUGGAGAUUCAUUAGAGGUAUGUCUUCAGUAUUAUCAGCAUGAAUUUUUGGAGCUCGCAUGUGGUUGUCCAGCCGUAAUAUGUUGUCGCUGUUCACCCACACAAAAGGCUGAGGUGGUGCGUCUCAUUCAGAGACACACCGGUAGACGCACAGCUGCAGUGGGGGAUGGAGGCAAUGAUGUCAGCAUGAUCCAGGCUGCUGAUGCAGGUAUUGGCAUUGCAGGGCGAGAAGGUCUUCAGGCCUCACUAGCUGCAGAUUUCUCUGUCCCACAAUUCAGUCACCUUGCCAGACUCCUGUUGGUCCAUGGACGUAGGAGUUACAAACGAUCAGCAUCUCUUAGUCAGUUUGUGAUUCAUCGUGGCCUCAUCAUCUCAACAAUGCAGGCUGUCUUUUCAUCUGUGUUUUAUUUCUCAUCUGUUGCACUUUAUCCAGGAUUUCUUAUGGUUGGGUAUGCAACCCUCUAUACAAUGUUUCCAGUAUUCUCGCUUGUUCUUGACAAGGAUGUGUCAGGUAAAAUUGCCCUUACCUACCCUGAACUCUACAAGGAGUUAAGCAAAGGACGCUCUCUCUCAUUCAAGACAUUUUUCAUGUGGGUCCUUAUCAGCAUUUAUCAAGGUGGUGUCAUCAUGUAUGGAGCACUGGUAAUGUUUGAAGAUGAAUUCAUUCACAUUGUGGCCAUCAGCUUCACAUCUCUAGUCUUGACAGAGCUAAUAAUGGUAGCACUCACAAUUCGAACAUGGCACUACAUCAUGGCAUUAGCUGAACUACUGAGCUUUGGCCUUUACAUCCUUUCACUUAUCGUCCUGAAGGACUACUUUGAUGCUGAAUUUAUUCAAACAACAAAUUUUCUGUGGAAAGUUGUUGUGAUAACUCUAGUCAGCUGCCUGCCACUUUAUAUCCUGAAGUUUCUAAGAAAGAAAUUCUCACCACCAAGUUAUUCAAAACUUUCAUGAACAUAACACAAGGAAGAAACUUAGAAAAACAUCCAGGAAAAUUGUUAGUUAUUUGUACAUUUUCUAUAAAGAGCAGGAACUAUUGUAUUAUUCACUAUCACUGUGUACAAAGUACAGGUGACACAUAAGCAAAUAUACAUAAAUAUUUUUCAAGAACUUGGAAGUUAUGAAAUUUCCCAUAUACAGUAGAACCUCGCUUAACAAGUGACGAGAGGGGAAGUCCUGGAUUGUGCGCUUGCUACAUCAGUCUGUCUUUAGCAUCUUAGUGUCGCUUGUGUU